AUGAAAUCAUAUGCUCCAGAAUUAUUUUCUAAAACACCUGAUCUUCUUCAUCAUCUUGUUACAACAAUGAAUCCAUCAGUAUUAAUACGUGAUGGAGUACCAGUUGUUAGAACACACCAACAUGCUGGAGAAUUUGUUAUAACAUUUCCUCGUGCUUAUCAUGCAGGUUUUAAUCAAGGUUUUAAUUUUGCUGAAGCAAAUAAUUUUUGUCCAGCUGAUUGGCUUUCGAUGGGUCGUUGUGCAAUAGAUCAUUAUAAAGAAAUGAAACGUUAUAGUGUAUUUUCACAUGAUGAAUUAAUAUGUAAACUUGCAUCGGAAUGUCAAUAUCUUGAUCCAGCUAUAGCAUACGAACAAGGAGUAACGGAUGCUGAUCGAGCUUGUUUUGAAUUAAUGCCUGAUGAUGAACGACAAUGUGAUGCUUGUAAAACAACAGGUUUCUUAUCAGCUAUAUCUUGUUUAUGUAAACCAAAUAUUCUUAAAAUACUUGUUAAUCGACUUAUUUCAAAUGAUCAUCAAAAUCUUAUCGAUUUUAAUGAUAUUGAAAAACAUACGACAUCUGGUGUAUUAUGUUUACGUGAUGAUAUUCGUAUAAAAAUGGAAGAAAAAUUAGCUGAAGCUAUUGAAUAUCGACAAAUGGCAAAAAAUAUUUUAAAACGUAUAACAUGCAAAGAUGAAUUAAUAGAAAAUAAUAAUAAUGAUAAUGAUUUAAAAAAAAAGAAAAAAAAUUUUAAUGAUGAAAAUAAAUUUACAUUAAAUGAUAUAAAUCAAUUAAAAAAUCGAGUAAAAUCAAUUGGUAUUACAUUUAAUGAAAUGAAAACUAUUCAAAAUAUUUUAACUGAUUGUCUUCAUUAUCAAGAUGAAAUAAAAAUAUUACUUCAAUCGGAUAAACUUCAAUCAACGGAUGUUUAUUCAAAUUAUAUUGAACGUUUAAAAUUAUUCUGUCAAGCUAGUAUUUGGUAUGAACUUGUACAAAAAACAUUAAAUCGAACAAUAUCAUCAAGUAAACUUCGAUCAUUAAUAUCAUCUGGACAAACAUUUCAAGCAUUACAUAAACAAAUUCAACAAAAAAUUAAUGAAUUACAAAUACAAUUACAACAAUUAGAACAUUGGGACGAAAAAACUCGACCAUUAACCAAAGAAGAACCACAUCCAACAUUAAAUACUUUAGAACAAUUUGUUAAAAGUGUUAAUGAAGCAAAUAUUCAUUUAAAUUCAAUUGAUAAAAUAAAAACUUUAAUUAAUGAAUGUCAUCUAUGGAAUGAAAAAUUUGAACAAAUGCAACAAGGUGAACAUUAUCCAUUUUUAUCUUCAUAUGAACAAUUAUAUGAACAAACUCGACAUUUUCAUAUUGAUUUGGAACCAUUAAAAUUAAUUGAACAAACUAUUUUACAAGUACGUUCAUUACUUGAAAAAACACAAACAGUUUUUCGUCGACCAGAUUCAAAUUUAACUUUAAUUGAGGUUGAAAUUUUAAAUAAAAACGUACAUAAGAUUUUGAAAUUGGAGAACGUUUGGAUUAAAAUGCAUAUAACCUAA